AUGCCUUCCACCGGUUCUAAACGAUUUGAGCUCCCCAAGCUGGACUUCAAGUUCGGCUCCUUGACCGAGGGAACCAACAUCCCCCCGCCGCUCCCCAGCCCUGUCCAGGAGGUCCCCACGCCUCCCCAGACCCCGCGUGUGAGCGAAACCAAGGACUCCGGGUCCGCCGUCAAGGAAAAGGUCGAGGACAAGACAAAUGGUCAUACGGCAGCAGUCCCAGGCUCGCCCGCCACCACCAAUGGUACGAAAGGAUUCUCGGAUGACACACCACUCUCUCCAGCAGCGUCAAGCAGACAAGGCAGCAUCCGUCGUCUCUUCAGCCGGACAUUACUGAACCAAGCAUAUGCAGAAGGCGAAACUCCCUCCGCCCACAAUCGUCCCAUGAGCCGUAGUCAAGGCAGCAUCAUCGACGAGAAGAAAUCGAAGCGAAGCAGUGGUUGGUUCAAGAGGUUGAGGACCAGCGAAUCCUCCCCGCCACAAAAGCGAUCCAGUGUCGUCUACGAGCACCCCAACGUCAGCGAGACCAGCAGCCAAACGCAAAGCAAGCCGCAGAUCCCUCAGUCGCAGGCACAGGCACAGGCACCUCAGGUCCAAGGACCUCCGCCGCCCAUGAUCCCCGAGCUAAGCGCCCUCCAGGCCAGGCUGGACGUAGGGGACGGGGGCAGUCUUGGGGACGACUUAUUCAAGAACAUCAAAUAA